AUGAACAUUAAGCAACAAGAGGACGAGACGCUAAGGUCUUACAUAGCUCGUUUCAACAAAAAGGCCCUCUCGAUCGAUGAAGCCGAUGACAAGAUACUCGUGGCUGCUUUCAUGAAUGGGCUACGGAAGGGUAAGUUUCUGUUUUCCCUAUAUAAGAACGACCCAAAAACUAUGUCAAAUGUGUUGUACAGGGCAACCAAGUACAUGAAUGCGGAAGAUGCGUUGUUGGCCCAAGAAGAGAAGCAUAAGAAGAGGGAAAGACAAGAAGACAUACGGCAGGAUUGGGGGCGAAAGAUAGCUAGGACUAGAGAAUGGUGA